AUGCCUGGUGGUGUUAGAGACCUUCCCGCACUCUGGGAGUUCCUGAAGGAGCAGAAAGAUGUACACAGGGAGUUCGAUGAGCCACGGUUCUCAGCCAAAGGGUUCUCUCACCCCAACCCAGAUCGUCCUGGUACUGCGGUGGCCAGAAGUGGGUUCCUGUUGGACGAGGACCCACGACUAUUCGAUGCAGCUUUCUUCGGAAUCACGGACAACGAAGUAGAGACAAUGGAUGCGUCCCAACGGAAACUUCUUGAGGUUACAUAUGAGGCCUUCGAGAAUGCUGGCGAAACUUGGGAAGGUGUAUCUGGCUCUCGCGUUGGCGUGUUUGUGGGUGACAUCUCUUUCGACAACUAUCUGUCCCAAACUAGAGAUUGGGACUACAGUGGAAAGUAUUCGGCCACUGGUUCAUUCCCCAAUAUGCUGGCCAAUCGCAUUCACUACGUUUUCAACCUCAAAGGGCCUAGCCUGUUAGUCAACAGCGCGUGCACUUCUGCUAUGUACGCCCUUCAUCUAGCUAUGAAUUCAAUCCGCAAUGGAGAUUGUGAAUCCGCCAUUGUGGCGGGGUCCAACUGGAUCAUGGACCCUAAUUGCCACAUAGCAAUGGGGAAACUCGGUGCUCUUUCUGCCACUUCUCGAAGUCAUACUUUCGACGCAUCGGCUGAUGGCUAUGCACGUGGUGAGGGAUUCGCUGCUCUUUACCUGAAGAAAACUUCACUGGCCAUUGAAGAUGGAUCACCAAUUCGAGCCUUGAUUAUGGGCUCUGCGAUCAAUGCAAACGGCCGUACCAACGGAAUUACCAAUCCCAGUGGUCCUGCCCAAGAGAUCGUCAUUCGAGAAGCAUAUAAGAAUGCAGGAGACCUUGAUCCUUCUCAAACUACACUCCUCGAGUGCCACGGAACUGGCACCCGAGUUGGUGACCCAACCGAGAUCAAAGCGGCUGGAAAUGUUUUCGGUCCUUCACGGUCCUCUGAACGAAAUGAUCAUCUGGUGGUGGGUUCUGUUAAGACAAACCUCGGUCACUUGGAGGGAGCUUGUGCCCUUCCAGGAAUAUUGAAAGUGGUCGCAGCUCUUGAACAGGGAGAAAUCCCGCCGACUCUCGGAUUUCAGACUCCAAACCCGCGCAUUGAUUUCGAGGAGGCGAAAGCCCGGGUGUCCACCCAGGUUGAGCCGUGGCCCAAAGAUAAACUCAAGCGAGCAAGUAUCACGUCUGCUGGUUUUGGUGGUACCAACGGACACUGCAUCAUUGAUGAUGUCCACAACCUCCUUCCAUCCUAUAUCAAGCCCGGUAUUGUUGGUCAGCAUGUCGAGCGACUGAAUGGACAAAACGACAUCAAUGGCAAAAGCGGCACCAACGGAGCCAACGGAGCCAACCGAGUCAACGGGGUCAACGGAGUUAACGGAGUCAAUGGAGUCAAUGGAGUCAACGGAGCCAACGGAGCCAACGGACAUUCGAAUGCCAGUUUGCUGUCAAAUGGUUCUAGCAACCCAUUAGAUCAAAGAAAGCAUCAUCAUCCAAAGACUGAUGCACUGAAAUUGGUCCGAAAGGCUGACGCUGGCACUCGGAAACUGGUAGUACUUCCUUUCUCGGCGCAUAACCAAACCUCACUUGUAGCGAACAUCGACUCAUUGGGUCAAGUCAUCCACCAGCACUCGCUGGCCGAUGUUGCCUAUACCCUUAGUGCUCGGCGCUCGCGCUUCAUGCAUCGAUCUUACUGCAUUGUCGAUAAGGACCAGGUGCCAGAGAUGGGACUGAAGCAGGAAAAAGAGCUUGAAAUUGUUAGCUCGCCCCAGCAUGUUUCGGUUGGGUUCAUCUUUACAGGACAGGGUGCACAAUGGCACGCCAUGGGCGCCGGGCUUUUCCAAUACUCUGUUUUCCAGAACGUCAUCUUGUACCUGGACAGCAUCCUUGCCAUGUUGCCUGAGCCCGCCCCGUGGAAGAUCGCCGAUUUUAUUGCUGGAAAUUGCGGGACGGAUGACAUCCAGACUCCUGCAGUAUCACAGGCCGUUUGCACGGCUGUCCAAAUUGGUCUCGUUGACCUCCUUGCUUCAUGGUCCGUUCGGCCCGCGGGUGUAGCGGGCCAUUCUUCCGGUGAAAUUGCAGCAGCGUAUGCGUCGGGACGAAUUACUGCUGCCGAAGCUAUUGUAGCUGCUUAUUACCGUGGCUAUAUGGUUUCCUUCAACAAUAAGAGGGGCGCGAUGCUGGCAGUCGGCUUCGGCCCUGAGAAAGCAAUGGAGUAUAUCAGGGAGGCUGAUGUAGAAGACCGAGUCACGGUUGCUGCAAUCAACUCCUUUGAUAGUGUUACACUCUCCGGUGAUGCUGAUUGCGUGGAAGAUCUGAGCGCAAGACUGUCCAAGGAGUCUAUCUUUAAUAGACUGCUCCGCACGGGUGGUCUCGCAUACCACUCCCACCACAUGUUACCAUUUGGCUCGGCAUAUGAAGAGCAUGUCAAUGAUGGUCUAAGUCAUAUAAGGAGCCUUGGUGUUGAUACCACAAGUUCAAAGUAUCCUUUUAUUCCUUGGGCUUCUUCGGUUACUCCAGACAAGAGUACCACUGAAGUGACUGCAUCUUACUGGAGGGCUAAUCUUGAGUCCCCAGUACGUUUCACUGAUGCCGUAUCAAAUCUUCUGAGCCUUCCGGACCUGAAUAUUGGUGCCCUAGUCGAGAUAGGUCCGCAUCCUGCCCUUAAAGGCCCCUUGGGACAGAUUACAAAAAGCCUGGGAAAGGUCAUUCCGCAUAUCGCGUCUUUGAAAAGAAAUCAAGAUGCCCAAAGAUCACUCCUAGAAUGCACUGGAACCUUGUUCGUGCACAAUGUUUCUGUCAGCCUGGUGGCUGUCAAUGCGAUCGAUGGACAGGGGCCAAAAGGAGAGCACUAUUUGGAGUACGGCUGCACUGCAAUCGACCUACCACGGUACAAGUAUACCUAUGGACCUAUCAAAUACCACGAGAGCAGAUUGAGUAAAGAAUACCGGUUACGUCCUACUCUUCGCCACGACCUUCUGGGAUCUAAAGUGCCAGGAACAACAAAGCUUCGGCCCCAAUGGCGGAAUAUGCUUCGCCUGAAGGAUCUGGGAUGGCUAAAUGAUCACCGUGUGCCCCCUCACGUUUUACACCCUGGUGCCGCUCACAUUGUCAUGGCCAUGGUCGCUGCAGAGCAUAAAUACAACGAAUUCCCCGAUGCUCUGCCAAUAAUUGGGCUAAUCAUGCGCAACGUUUCGAUCAAGAAGACACUGGUAGUUCCAGAGGAUGAUCACGGCAUCGAGAUUGUGCUGAGCAUGGAGCUUGAAGAUGGUGCUACCGCCAAAUCGCCAGGCUGGGCCAGCUUCUCCAUUGCCUCGAUAGUCCGUGACUCAGACCAAUGGACCGAGCACUGCUCGGGUCAGAUUAAGGUGGAGGUGGCUAAGUUUGAACAAGCCAUGCCAAUCGACACCACUAUGGACGGACGACUAGUGGAUGCUCAAACCUGGUACAAACGCUUUGCUGACAUGGGCCUCCAAUUUGGACCGUCGUUCCAAGGCUACUCGGACAUCCGUGCUGAUCCAGCCAAAAACAUUGCGUCUGCCAAGUUGGCAUUGAAUACCACAGCCGGUAUGUUCCCUGGUGGUGAGUCGACUUAUCCCAUUCACCCGGCUUCUUUGGACCUGGUGAUUCGCCUGGGUCUCAUGGCGUGCAACGGCGGCCAAGCAGAAACGGCCAGUGUCCAGCUUCCGAUUCAUUUCAACCAGAUGAAAUUUAAUUACGGUCACCUGGAAGGCCGGGAUUGGGCAACUGGUGUGUCCCGGGGCGAGCUGCGCGGCCUCCGUGGGGCGUACGCCCAGCUACAGAUGUUGGACGAGGAAGGCAAAGUGAUGUUGGAUAUAGACAACAUGCGUUUCACAAGUCUUAACAACGAACAAGAAUCUCCAUCCACCGGAGACCGCGUCGGCAAGGCAUAUGUUAGCCCUUUUGCGCGCCUCGUAUGGAGACCCGAUAUUCGUACCCUAUCCAAGGAUCAGUUCAACGAGGCUCUGACAUCUUACCAAGACAACUUUGGAGAAUUCCCACAGCUUUGCAGGAUUUUUGACCUGGCUGGACAUGCUAAUCCAGACUUGCGAGUUCUGGAAUUGGGCGUUAGCAGUAAUGCGGGCGCAACUCAAGCGAUCUUAAAAGUACUCAUGGGCUCGAAUAGUAUCAAGCGCUAUCGGGAGUAUGUUGCUACCGACAUCACGGAAGAACGGCUCGAAUCGGUUCGAGAAAGCACAACUGAGUUCCGUGAUGUGAAAUAUUCUGUUUUGGAUAUCAACAAAGAUCCGUCAGAGCAAGGCUUCCAGUCAGGUUUAUAUGACAUUAUCGUUUGCUCGAAUGGCCUGCAAACUCCCCAAGCAAUGCAACACUUGAAGAGGCUUGUCACUCCCACCGGGCGCUUGAUUCAAGUGAACGGCACAGGAAGUGAAAUCGUCCCCGAGAGCCUUCAAAAUGUGGAUUUUGAACUUGUCGGUGAAGUGACUGAGCCAGUCAAUCAUUCUAUCAUCACCGUUCAUGCUCUUCGUUCCAUAGAACAACAUCAAAUUGACUCUAACAGGCUCGUGCACUUCCUUCACGGAGAUCAAGGACCCCCAGAAUUAUUGAAUCAACUUGCCCAGGUACUUGGGGAGCUUGGACUUGCCAUCAAAAUCUCUUUGAUUGAUGAUGCACAGACCGUCGUGUCGCCCAACUCCCACGUGGUUGCGUUCUUAGACGGCGACAACCUCUUAUUCGCAGCAAAUCAGCAUCGAAUUGGAUUGUUUCAACACCUGGCAGCGAAUACUAACAGCAUGAUAUGGCUCACAUCGUGCGGUUUGGUUAAGGGUCGCAACCCUGACGGAUCCUUUGUCUCUGGACUGCUGCGCACAUUAGCAGCUGAGAAUCCUGCCGGUCAGUUCCUGUCAGUCGACAUCGAUGCAGAAGAUUUCCGAGUCCGAGAUACCGAGAUGGAUAGACUAGUCAGGUCCUUGGUCGAGGUUGUUCUCCCAUUGCAGCAAAACCCAGAGCACAAUCGCGAAAUUGUUGUGAAUCACGACUUGGCCUGGCAAGACGGGAACAUGUGGGUGAGCCGGCUUGUUCCUGACACUGAGCUUCAGGGAUAUGACGAGACUGCUGCGGACGAUCAAAAUAUCAAGGCAAUCCCACUUUCCACUCUUGGUCCCGUCCGUGCAGCUUUCAAAAUCCCUGGUCUUCUCACAUCCCUCUAUUUCAAGCCAUACACCGAGCUCUGGAACGCCUUGCCGCAAGACUGGAUUGAGAUCAAGCUAGAGGCCGUCGGUCUGAACUGGAAAGAUCUGGGUCUAUGCUCUGGUCGAUUUGAUCAAAACAAUCUGUCGAAUGAGUAUGUCGGUGUCAUCUCCGAUAUAGGGUCCUCUGUACAUGGCUUUAGCAUCGGUGACCGGGUUUAUGGUAUGGGCAAGGGCCACUUUGGAAACUAUACACGUGUACCCGCGGUGCUUGCACAGAAGUUGGAAGCUAGCGUUGCCUCAUUGGAUGCUGCAACGAUGCCCUUGGUCUACAUGACAGCGGUGUAUGCUUUCGAGCAUAUCACUCGCGUGAAGGGGGGCUCAAAGGUUCUCAUUCAAUCGGGCUCGGGUGGUCUUGGACUGGCAGCUAUUCAACUGGCCCUGUCCAAGGGUGCUGAUGUCUAUGUCACGGUGGGGACCGCAGACAAGGCUCAAUUCCUGACCGAUGUCAUGGGAAUUUCCUCCGACCACAUCUUCUCCUCUCGAAAGCUAACAGAUGUACCUCGCAUGAUCCGCGCAACUAAAAAUGGAGGAUUUGAUGUUAUUCUCAGCACAUCGCAAGGAGACAUGCUCCAUGAAUCGAUUGAAGCAUUGGCACCGCUUGGUCAUCUGAUAGAUGUCGGCCGGAUGGAUGUCACGGGCGCAAAGACAGUUGCUCUUGAGCUUUUCCAGAAGAGCGCAAGCUUUACUUCGUUUGAUCUAGGCCUGGUGAUCGAACGCGAUCCUGAACUUGGCGGAGAUCUCAUGUCCACAGUCAAUCAGCAUUUCCGCGCCGGCCGCAUUGGCCCUAUCCGUCCAUACCAUGUGUCGGAUAUCUCUCAGCUUGAUCAAGCAUUGUUGAAGCUGUCCAAAGGAACACAUAUCGGCAAAAUGGUGAUCUCCUAUCAAAAUCCUAGUUCUCUUUUAAACGUACACCAGUCUGUCACUCAUGCCCGGUUUUUAUCAGAGGCUAGCUACAUUCUUGUUGGCGGAUUGAGUCCUCUUGGACGAUGUAUCAUCCGAUGGAUGGUUAGUCGAGGAGCUCAGCACUUAUCCGUUUGGUCAAGAAGGGGUGCAGAUAAUCUCUCCCCUGAAGCUGCAGCCUUGAUUAACGAAAUGGCGUCCCAGGGUGUCCAUAUACAGAUUGUGACGUGCGAUGUCAGCAAUCGCGAGCAGGUCCUCCGUAGUAUGCAAGAUGCUAACUCUGAGCGCGCCGUGCGAGGAGUUUUCAAUUAUGCAGUUUCCUACCAGGACAUCUCGUUCGAUAAAAUGACCGCGGACAUGUUUUACCAAGGCAUGGCGGCCAAAGUGUUUGGUACAAAGAACCUACACGAAGCGACAGCCAACCUGCCUUUGGACUUUUUCACGAUGACCUCUUCUCUGGGAACUGUCUAUGCGUUCCCAACGCAGAGCACGUACCUCGCUGCCAACAACUUCCUCGAUUAUUUCGCACGUUACCGGCGGCAAUCUGGUCUACCGGCAACUACAGUGUCACUCGGGUUCAUCAAAGACUUGGGAGCUCUCACCCAGGAUGAGGUCACCGUUAAUUUGUUCGCGCGCACGAAAGGCCAAACAGUCACUGGUAAUCAGGUUCUGCGUGCUCUGGAGCCCGCAUUCGUGAAAGACUUGAACACGAAAGACCAAUGGCUUGGUCGCUCGGAGGAUCCUCUAUCCGCGGCCAAUAUUUUUACCGGCAUCGACCCAGCCGUUUUGGCGAACAUGAAGCGAGCGGAACCUAAGGGGUCUGCUUCAAGCACUGUGCCCCGAUGGUACCACGAUCCCCGCGUGUCUUUGAUGCUGCGUGCCAUGGACGAUGCUUGGCGUUUUGGGAAUGAAGGGGGUAGCGACAAAGCGACAUUCGGGUUUGAUGAUGCUGACGCGUCACCUGCUGUACAACUUCGUCGGCACUUUGAGGCAUCAAUGAAGAGAAUUAGAAAUGGCCAGGAUGAAAAAGAGGUCGCAGAGACUGUGAAGCUCGUCAGCGAUGCUAUCAGGACCACAGUAGCGGGCAUGUUGUUCAUCGACCCUUCUGUGGUGAAGGAAAGUCACACAGUAGUUGACCAUGGAAUCGACAGCUUGCUGGCUGCAGAGUUCAGGACAUGGCUAAAUUCAUCCUUUGGGAAGAACAUUAGCAUGUUGCAACUUAUGGAUGCGCGAUCAAAUAUUGGUUCCAUCGCGCGGGUCAUUGUGGAGGAGGCUAUCGGGGCUUAG